AUGAGUAAUAAAUUAUCAGCAAUAUUGUCAGAUAUUGACACAAGUGUACACUCUGAGUCCUCUCAACAUAAUAUUAAUGAAAACAAUACCAUAAGUCCAGAUACUCCUAGGAUUUUUCCUAUCUAUAUAUGUAUUAAUGAAUAUUCAAAAAGAAUGGAAGAUGAACUAAAUAUGAAACCUGGUGAUAAAAUUCAAGUCAUCACUGAUGAUGAAGAGUAUAAUGAUGGAUGGUAUUUUGGUAGAAAUUUAAGAACUCAAGAAGAAGGGCUAUAUCCAGUUGUCUUUACUCAAGUAAUAAGUGCUGAAAAAAAACCAACGUUAAUGAGGGCGAAAUCUGUAAAAAGAUUAAAUAUGCCCCUUGGUGUAGAAAACCCAGAACCAUCUAAUAACAGUAACAAUAGGAACAAUGGUUAUUUAGCCUCACAAAAUGGGUCUAAUAGCACUAUACCAACACCAUUAGAAUUGCAAACAGCAUCUGUAGCCCCAUUUUCGAAAUACCAAAAUAACCAAGAGGCAGACAAGACUACUGGUGUAGAAACUAAAAAUGCUUCGAAUACAAAUAAUACUAUGGAUAAAUAUACUCUAUCUAGAAAUAUAUCUAUGAAAAGUACGAUGAGUGAUAUCGACAAAGCAAUUGAAGAGCUGACUCAUGAGCCUACAGAAUCAUUAAAUACAGUGACAUCUAGUACAAAAGAACCAGUUGGUUAUAAUAUUGCAGAAGAUACAGUGAUCACUGAAACAGAAGACCUAGAUCUAGUUGAUCAAUCACAAAGAGCUGAGACAGAAUUUUCUGGUAAAUCUCAGAGUUAUGAAAAUGUAAAAGAUAUUCGUGUAAAAGGUAAAUAUCUGGAUCCAAAAAAUGUUUAUAAUUGGAGUCCCGAGGAGGUAUCUAACUAUUUUAUAAACUGUGGCUUUGAUGUCGAAUCUGCAUCACGUUUUAAAAGACAUAAAAUAUCAGGUGCUAUUUUAUUAGAAUUGGAACUAGCACAUCUAAAAGAACUAGAUAUUAAUUCCUUUGGAACACGAUUUGAAAUGAAUAAGGAAAUUGAAGCAUUAAAAAAGAAUCUGAAUGCUACAUCAGCGGCAAGGAAGCCAAAAAAAUCUAAUAUGUUAAAAGGAUCAGUUCCAAUAUCCAAAGAGUUAAUGCCACCAGCACAUGUUGAUAAAGAUAAUAGUCGAAUUUCUCGAUCCAUGGUGGAAUUAAGUACUACAAAAUCAGACAAACCUGUUCUAUCAAAGAAAAAUAGUAACCAUAACAAUAACUUGGACAAUAACAGACCUAUCUCUUUGAUGCUCAAUGAUCAGUUGACUAAGGAUAUUCGAGAUGGGACUAUAAUAUUGCCAAUUACUGAAGAUUUAGAGAAUGAAGAUCUAUUUACAUCUCCUAGAAGAGCACCCAAACCUCCUUCAUAUCCAAGUCCUGUACAACCUCCGAAGUCCCCAAUGCCAAAUACAAGGAAGAAUUACACACCAAAUACCAGUAGUAAAUUGACUUAUUCACCAUCAUCACUUUAUCAAAAUAAGAAAGACUCGAUUAUCAGACCAACCGCGGAAGAUAAGGAAGGAUCACACGAUAGUCAAGUUAUCAAUAAUUUACAGGUACCGAAAAACGAAAAUUUGACUGUUCCAUCAUCCAAUAAAGAAGUUGAUCAAAGAAGUGUUGACUCAGAUAGACCUUCUUCCAGUAUAUAUGAAUCGCCAGCAUCAUCAGUUUCAAUUAGUCAACCUCCAGCGCAAAGUACAAUGACAGAAGAUACCGAAAAUAAAUAUCUUCAAAUGGAGGAUUCGACUACUAAUAAUUCAGGUAAUAAAGUGAAAAGAAAUUCUUCUUUAUUGUCAUAUUUUGGUAAGGGAGAGAAAGCGUCAAAUGAUAAUUCCAUCAGAAAGAGUACUUCUUUUAGUAUAAAGCAAAAGGAUGGUUUUACAACUAGUUCUAUUAGACAAGAAUUUACUGAGAACGCCACAGGGACUACACCAGACACAAAGAAUUCCAAGUUAUUAAUUACUUCACCUGUGAAAAAGGAUAAGGUUAGAUCAGUAAGCGCUAAGGAUCAAUCGACAAGACCUAUUGAUAUGAAUAAGAAGAUAUUGGAGGAUGAUAAAAACAAAAGAUCUGUAAGUGAAGUCAUGAAACCAAAGACUUUACGUGCGAUGACAACAAGAGCACCUUUAAAAAAACAAAACACAACAGCUUUUAUGGAGGGGUUAAGAGACAUCUCUGUAAGAGAUGCAUUAAAGACGGCUGAUUAUUCAGGUUGGAUGAGUAAGAAGGGAAGUGGGACUAUGAGUACAUGGCGAACAAGGUUCUUUAUCUUAGAGGGUACUCGGUUAUCAUAUUUUACAAGCACAGCAGAUACAAAGGAACGUGGAUUAAUUGAUAUUACCGGGUAUAGAGUUGUUCCAGCAAGAGAUGACGAUAAAUUUGUGGCAUUAUUUGCGGCUACCGCAGGGAAAGGGCGUUAUUGUUUCAAAUUAUUACCACCACAACCAGGGUCAAGGAAAGGGUUAACAUUUACAGAACCUCGUGUACACUAUUUUGCCGUAGAUACUAAAGAAGAAAUGAGAGGCUGGAUGGCUAAUUUACUGAAGACUACAAUUGACAUAGAUACCUCUGUUCCAGUAAUUAGUUCAUACAGUACGCCUACAAUAUCAUUAAAUAAAGCCAAGGAGAUGUUAGCACAAGCUAGAAGAGAGACAGAAGCCAGAGAAAAGAAGAGAUUAAUAAAUAAGAAAAAUAACGGUGGGAAUAGUUCUGAAGAUUUCACAAAGAAUAGCGGAAUAGAAGAGGACGAGGAUGAGGGAAGAAGAUUAUGGGAAGAGCAACACAAUGCUACUAUAGGUGGAUCAUCAUUAUCUAUUGAGAAAUCCGAAGAAAGGUUAGAAUAUAAAAACCGUUCAACAACAGAUAAUCAUAAUCAUAAUCAUAAUAGUAAUAAUAACAAUGACUCUAUAGAAGAUGGGGUGUUUUCAAAUUUACAGAGAACUAGUACUACAGGCAACACAAGUGUCGGUUCAAAUAGUAAUGGGUUCGCUAGCCCAUAUUUAUUAGCAUCGGGUAUGCUAUCCCCUGGUAUUGGGCAUAAAAACAAUAGCCCAAGAAAUACAUCUAGUCAAACCAAGAAAUCAAACGAAGAUUAUUUAACAGGCGGUGUUUUGUAA